AUGACAACUGGAAUGUUCGAAAAAAGUGCUAUUAAACUCAACACAAUUUUAGCAUGUAAUUUUGAAAUUGUUAAAGAGGAAGAAAUUAUGAUUGAAACGAAAUAUUUUACUGAUGGAUGCAUGGAAAUUCUACAAUCAACAGAUUUAGAUGAAGUAUUGACGAAAAAUUUUGAGAAGUUAAAAACUGAUAUUGAAGAAAAAGAAAUGGAGGGCUCAGGCUGGACCCUGCAUGAAAUCAUGCAUCUAGAAAUAAAUAUAAAUGACUAUAUACCUCUGCGUGGUGGUUUAUCAACAUUUAUUGAAAUGCCAACAUGGAUUCAAAGCACAAGAUCAGUUGUAAAUGUAAAAAAUUAUGAUGACAAUUAUUGUUUUAUUUGGAGUGUGUUAGCUGCAAUCUACAAACUUGAAACAAAUCCGCAAAGGAAAUUUCAACAAAAACAUAUACCAAGUAGUAUAGCUUAUUACACUAAAUGUAGUUACGAUGAAAAACUUUCAACAUUCAAAUUAGAAAGAUCUAAAAAUUGCAUCGAGUGGUUUAUUAAUGAACUUCAAGAGUUGGCACACAAUGUUGAUAAUAUAUUAGAUGAUAUUAAACCAAUGAAUCUAACUUUCGAUGAACAAUUAGAAUUUUCCGCAUCAACAAAAUGUCAUAUUUGCACAAAAAAAUUUACGCCAGACGAUAUCAAGGUUCGAGAUCAUUGUCACUUUACAGGAGCUUACCGAGGUGCUGCACAUGUGGGAUGUAAUCUCAAUUAUCAAGAGUCUUGCACAAUCGCUGUUGUUUUUCAUGGUCUGAGUAAUUAUGAUAGCCACUUUUUAAUUAAACAGUUAAAAAAACAAUUUCCAGGAACGAUUGACUUAUUAGCACUUAAUAAAGAGAGCUAUAUAAGUUUCACUAAACAUGUAAAAGGUACUAGAAUUAGAUUCCGUUUUAUAGAUUCAUAUAAUUUUAUGGCAAGCUCAAUUAGCACGCUUGCAAAUGAAUUAGAAGAUAAAGAUAAAAGUAUCAGUCUUAGUUUUUGCAACAAUCUAGAAGAAUUUAAAUUGAUUACUAAAAAAGGGAUAUUCCCAUAUGACUACAUUGAUUCUUGGGAAAAAUUCAAUGAAGAACAAUUACCUUCAAAACUUGAUUUUUAUUCACAAUUAAAUGAGGAACAUAUAAGUGAAAUUGAUUAUAAUCAUGCUUGCAAUGUUUGGGAAAAAUUUCAUAUAAAAAAUUUAGGCGAGUACUCAGACUUAUAUCUGCGUACUGAUGUUCUUUUGUUGGCUGAUAUUUUUGAGAAUUUUAGAUAUUUUUGUUUAAAAACGUAUGAGUUAGAUCCAGCUCACUAUUUUACAUUGCCGAGAUUAAGCUUUAACGCUAUGUUGAAAUAUACAGAAAUUGAAUUAGAAUUGAUAACUGAUGCUGAUGAAUUAUUGUUUAUUGAGGGAGGUAUUAGAGGAGGUUUAUCACAAUGUUCACAUCGCCAUGUUAUCGCAAAUAAUAAAUAUAUAAACGAAUAUAAUCCAAACAUUGAAGAUUCUUAUUUAAUGUAUUUUGAUGUAAAUAAUUUAUAUGGAUUUGCAAUGGCUUCUACUCUACCAGUAAGUGAUUUUCAGUGGGAAGAAAAUUUUGAUAUAAAUAAAUUAAAUUCAAUCGAAGAUAACUCAGAGUGGGGCUACAUACUUGAGGUUGAUUUAGAUUAUCCAGUUAGUUUACAUAAUGAACACAAAGACUUACCAUUAGCGCCAGAACGUCGAAUACCACCUCUAUCAACAAGAAUGAAAAUUAGAAAAUUAUAUAGAGUUUUGAAGUUUAAACAACGAGCAUGGUUGAAACCUUAUAUUGAUUUGAAUACGGAAUUGCGAACUAAGGCAACAUCACUUUUUGCUAAAAAUCUUUUUAAAUCAUUAAUAAAUAUAUGUUUCGGAAAAAUGUUGGAAUCAACUCGUUCGCAAAGAAUAAUAAAAUUAGUUUCUAGCUAUGGAGGACGUGGUGGAGCAAGAGCUCUAAUAUCAAAGCCCAAUUUUCACAGUGCACUAAUCAUAGAUGAUUUAGUUAUUAUUGAGAUGAAACGUCUUAAUAAAGUUAAAUUUGUAUAUAUGGAUACUGAUAGUGCAAUUUUACACAUUUUUACACCUGAUAUUUAUGAAUUUAUUCGCAAAGAAUGUGAUAAUUUCGAUACGUCUGAUUAUCCAAUUGAUAACCGCUAUAAUAUUCCUCAGAAAAAUAAAAAAGUGCCAGGUAUAAUGAAAGAUGAAUGUAAUGGGAAAAUUAUGAAGGAAUUUAUUGGUUUGCGUUCAAAAGCAUACUCAUUUUUAGUUGAAAAUGAAUCGUGCGAUAAUAAUGUAAAACUUCAUAAAAAAGCUAAAGGGGUAAAAAAGUCAUCAAUGAAAACAAUUACGUUUGAAGAUUAUAAAAAUUGUGUGGAAAAUCAUGCAAAAAUAUCUAGAAAACAAAAUUUAAUAAGGUCAGAAAAGCAUCAAGUUUAUACAAUUACUACAGAGAAAAUCGCUUUAAGCUGGGACGAUGAUAAACGAGAACUCAUUAAAAAUAAAAAUUAUACUUUGCCUUGGGGCUAUGCACAAGAGCUUAGAGAUAUAUAA